CAUAUGUGGCUAUCGCUUUGAGCACAGAGUUUACUCCAGUGCGUGGCCGGCCAUGAUUAUCAUAGUGGGUCUAGAGGACUUUAAACUCUUGUUGUGUGGCCCCAGUUCAGUAACCUUCAUACACACCAGACAGUGUUGCCUCGCAGUUUUAUCAAUGUGGCCAUCAAAGGGAUGGCAUCAAUAGAAUAGGCCCUAUUGGGAGCUGAAUCAACAAAAACGCGAAGCCAAAGUUCACAGUAUUGUUCAGUCUGUUUACACCAGUUUAGAUGCACAGACUGGGUGGUAUACAGAACGGGACAAGAUUCAACUGUUGAACUAUAGCAUUGUACAUUUGCAAUUUUACCACCAUUUUAGCCAUGUAGCAGUUGAAGUAGAGAGUAUAGCUAGGCUACUAGUUGACAGCUUUUCUUCAAGUUCGAUAUGUGCAUAGACAUUGUUUGGACAACGUCUGCUGGGCGAGUUUGAGAUCUAGUGCCCAGCAUUACAACAGUGAGGUUUGAGACUUGGAAACAGCCUACGAUGGACGGUCCAAAUGAAACCGUCGACGAUCCAUGGAAAUGGUUUUGCUGCAGUAAUUCCUCCCUCUGGACGAACAAUGAUGUAGUACGGACGGUCUGUCUGAUUGACGUUGCCAAUUUCAUCUGUCACACUGCCUGUUUUGCCCUGUCGUCGCUCAUUCUGCUGAUCUUAGCAUGUUACUCCUUCCGUAAUGGAUGGGACGUGAAAUAUCUAAAAAGGUAUCCUCUGCAUUCUGCUCAGUGGAUCCUAAUGCUCCUCGUCAUCCUGCUCGACCUCUUCUCCGUCUCUGAGGGGCUCCUCACUGACGAAUCCUUCCGUGUCAACGGGCUCACCGGGAUCGCAUACCCCACCCAGCCGCACCUCUACAUCCCGCAGCUUUGCGCGCUGGCGUCGGCUUUCAUGGCAAUGCUGUGCUAUCACUUCAUGGAGGCAUGGCGGCUGCCUCAGUUGGCCUGGCUGCUGAUGGUCUACUGGGGUGUCUCCUUGAUCGGGGAAGUGCUGCAUCUCCUAGGGAUCAUCAGGCUGGAGCUUGGAUCAGUUGCUGUGCUCCGAUUUGACCUUUCUGUGCUCUCACUUGUGGUGUACUUCGGACUGUUUGCUCUGCAAGUUAACAACAUCAGGGUGAAGGUUUGCAGGUCCAAAGUAACAUCUCACAAGAACCACCCUCUGGCUCCCCAGGACACCAUGAAGUUCACCCAAGAGUUCAGCAGCUUCAUCUCUGAGGUGACUUACUGGUGGCUCAACUGGGUCUUCCGGCUCGGCUACAAGCGACCCUUGGAGAUGGAAGACCUCGGGCAGCUCCCUGAGGUCCACUCGGCUAGCUACAUCCACGAGAAGUUCAAGGAAGCCUUCAAGAAGGAACAGGAGAGGGCGAAGUACAAGGGUCUCAAGCCGUCCCUAUGGCGGGUCUACUGGGCCGUCCACGGAUGGAGGUUGGUGUUUGCGCUCUUCCUGAAGCUAACUGGCGAUAUGUGCGGGUUUGUCGGACCCUUGGCGCUCAAUGGCAUCAUCUUGUGGGUGGGAAAGGUCAAGGAUGGAUCUCAGGUACCCAGUGAGCCCCAUUUCAUCACGGUAUUGGAGUUUUUUCAACAUGGCUUGGUUCUGGUCGCAGUCACGUUCAUCGUUGCGUGUAUUCGUACGCUGCUGUUGCAGACGUUUGAGUAUUGGUGCUCCCUGGUGGGAAUCCACAUCCGUUCCGCAAUACAGACGAUGGUAUUUGAGAAGUCGCUUCGCAUCUCUACCUUUGUCCUCUCCAGCGGUGAAAUGACCACGGGACAGAUCACCAACCACAUGUCCACGGAUGCCAUGAAUGUCUCCGGUAUGGUGGAGUUUCUCUGCUGGAUGCUGACCAUGCCUAUACAGGUUGGAGUUACCGUGAUGCUCCUGAUCUUUCAGUUGGGUUAUUCCGCUGCUCUGGGCAUGGUGAUCUUUAUCUUCAUAAUUCCUAUGCAAAUUGUUAUGGGGAGCUAUAUGGCCAAGCUAGAGGAACAAAGUUUGGGUUUGUCCGACAAACGUCUCAAACUGUCCAGCGAGGUACUACAGGGGAUCAAGCUACUUAAAAUGUACGGCUGGGAAGAUCUGUUUGGCUCAGAGAUUACAAAAAUAAGACGUUCGGAGAUCUGGGUAAUGGGCAAGGCGAGUGUGUGCUAUGGGGUUAUAGGUUCAAUUACAGAAGCAGCCCCCCUCUUGGUGACAUUAGUGUCUUUCGGCACCUUCACGGCCCUCAGUGGUGAGGUCCUGACCCCCGAUGUGGCUUUCUCCUGCCUGUCCCUCUUCAUGCUCCUAACAGAACCUCUCUUCCUGUUCCCCAUGGCCCUGUUGGUCACCGUCAGCGGUGCCAUCAGCACAGGGCGUCUGGCAGCAUUCCUGGCCGCCCCCGAGGUGGAUAUGAAGACGCUGGAGGCCAUCAAGGUGAAGAAGCAAGAAGCACCUGAAGUUGUGGGAAGCCGUGAAAUGCAUACACCCGACAAUGACAUGGAUCCUGACGUCCAUUUCACUGAUGGCGACACAGAGGCGCCACUACUCAAGACGAAAGCGCGUUGCUUUAAGGACGCCUCACUGCACUCCUUGGUCAGCCAAGACACCACCUGCUCCUACGGCUCAACGGACUCAUCCAGUCUGGACUCACUAACGGGCCUGCCGAGUAGCAUUGCAAUCAAGAUUGAAAAUGGUUGCUUUGCCUGGGAUCCAGAAAGUUCUCAGCCAACACUUCAGGAUCUGAAUGUCGCAAUUCCCACAGGAAAGUUGACAAUGGUCGUUGGAACAGUGGGAAGUGGGAAGUCUUCACUAUUGUCGGCCAUCUUGGAAGAAAUGACACUACAGGAUGGGAGCCUACUGAUAAAUGGAAGUAGGAAUUCCAUUGCUUAUGCGGGGCAGAAGGCGUGGUUACUGAACACAUCGUUACGGGAAAACAUCCUGUUUGGUCAAGCCUUCAACCUAAAGAGGUAUCGUCGCAUCAUCGCUGCCUGUGCCUUGGAAGCCGACAUCGCAAUGCUGCCGGCAGGCGACCAGACCGAGAUCGGGGAGAAGGGGAUCAACUUGAGCGGGGGACAGAAGCAGCGGAUCAGCGUGGCGCGGGCCAUGUACUCUGGACGGGAUAUCAUACUCUUGGAUGAUCCGCUAUCGGCGCUCGAUGUCCAUGUCGGCAGCCACCUCUUUGAGCAUGGCAUUCUGGGUAAUCUGCGCAAGAAAACGAAGACCGUCAUCUUGGUCACGCACCAACUGCAGUAUCUGGCCCAUGCUGACAAGAUUUUACUGAUGAGAGACGGGCGGAUAGCUCAGGAAGGAACGCUACAAGACCUAGCGGCAGCCGAGCCAGACCUCUACAGCGGCUAUGAGAAGGCCGUCAAAGGGAUGACAGACCUGGAGUCGGAGGCCGAAACAGACGGGGAGUCCAGAAUUCAAGAGAUGAUGAAAAUCAGGAAGCAGAUUUCAGGGCAGCAGUCGAUAUCACGAGACGAAGAAGUCGGGGAAACAUGUGUUGAUGAGAGAGGUCGUCUGAUGGCUGAAGAGGAGCUGGAGCGAGGCUCUGUUUCUUGGAGGGUCUACUUCUACUAUGCCAAGGCCAUAAAGCUUCCCAUAGCCUUCGUGAUACUGCUGGUCUAUCCCUUACAAGCCGGCGUCACCGCCGGUAGUAACUACUGGCUGUCUGCCUGGUCAGAAGCGGGAUUAAGCUAUGGAAAUGCCACAAACACCGCCUACUAUAUCGAGGUCUACGCUGCUAUAUCAGUCGCUGGUUUAUUGACUUCCUUCGUUACCACAAUGACUACAGUCACAGGCCUACUCAUAGCGGCACGGCAUCUUUUUAAGCUGAUGCUGAGUAACGUCAUUCACAUGCCCAUGAGAUUCUUUGACACCACUCCCAUAGGUCGCAUCAUUAACAGAUUUUCGGCAGACACACACACUAUAGAUGAGAAGCUGAUGAUGUCCUUCGACGCAAUCUUCUACCACCUAACGAACAUCUUAGCUGCUUUAAUCAUCAACGCCAUCAUCAGUCCGCUCUUCCUCGUCUUCACCUUACCCUUCUGUGUCUUGUACUACUUCAUCCAGAAAGUCUUCAUCACAACCUCCAGAGAGCUGCAAAGACUUGACAGCACCUCCAAAUCGCCCAUUUUUGCCUUCUUUUCUGAAACCCUUGGCGGACUGUCUUCUAUAAGAGCUUACCGCAAGCACCAGGCAUUUUUUGACGACAUCAUGCAGCGAGUGGCCACCAACAACACAGCAUACCUGUACCUGCAGACAAGUAUAAAAUGGCUGGCAGUCAGAUUGGAUUUAGUGGGUGCAUUUGUUGUACUAAUAUCGGGCCUAACAACUGUACUGGGCGCCCUUCACGGCACUGUGGACUUAAGUCUAGUAGGCCUAGGCAUCAGCUAUGCACUCAUGGUAUCCAUGUUCCUGCAACAGUUGGUCCAGUAUAUGGCCGAGGCCGAGAUGGAGAUGAACGCUGUGGAGAGAGUCAAGCACUACACCACACUCACAACUGAAUCUUACCAAGGUAUGGAGCCUCCCUUUGAUUGGCCAUCCAAAGGAGCCAUCUCUAUUGAAGACAUCUCGGUGAGGUAUGCCGAGGAGCUAGAUCCAGUACUGAAGGAUGUGACCGUCCAUAUACAGGCCGGAGAAAAGGUUGGGAUCUGUGGUCGCACUGGUAGCGGCAAAUCCUCCCUCACGUUAGCUCUCCUUCGCAUAGUAGACACAUUCAGAGGUCGCAUAUUAAUUGACGACAUCGACAUAGCCAGCGUGCCGCUGACGACUCUCAGGCGACGCCUGGCCAUGAUACCUCAGGACCCGGUUCUCUUUGAUGGAACCAUCAGGAUGAAUCUUGAUCCUGAGGAUAGAAAGACAGAGAAGGAAUUAUGGGAUGCCCUGGAGACAGCCCAGCUCAAAGAACUUGUCAUGUCCAUGGAAGAGGGAAUAGAUUCACAGGUGUCGGAAGGUGGGGAGAAUUUCAGCAUCGGGCAACGACAACUCUUCUGCUUGGCUCGUGCCUUCCUGCGCAACACCCCCGUGCUGAUAAUGGAUGAGGCCACUGCGUCGAUCGACGUGGAAACUGACAGAAUUCUUCAGCAAGUCGUCGCCACAGCUUUUGCCUCCAAAACUGUUCUGACAAUCGCACAUCGUGUGGCCACCAUCUUGGACUCUGACACCAUUUUGACCUUGAGCCAGGGCGAGGUCAUAGAGCACGACACGCCUGAAAACCUUCUAGCCAAUCCGGACAGCGUGUUUGCCUCUCUCGUCAAUGCAAACCAAUAGGGUAACAGGCAGCAGAUGCGGAUUGGAUAUGUGGCCCAUCCCUAGGGGGUGGGGAGUCCAAAGGGACCUCCCCCUCCCUUCCAGGCUAGCAAUUGCCCCCCCCCCUUCCCAUUAGCAAAAAACCAUAAACAUACAGAUUGUCUAGAAUAGUGUUUUUCUUGGGGUGUGCCUCCCUAGUUGGCACUUUGGUUUCUUGCCCCCCUCCCCCCUCCUCCCUCCUGCCUGAAGCUGGUGACUGGGAUUGUGGGAUACUUUUGACCAAUCAGAUUAAGGCAUUCAGAGAUUCGUCCAAUCGCCUGUUACCAUUGCCAAACGUAAUGAAAAUAUCUAGUGUCUGUCUGCAGAGUGGCCAUACAUUUACAGUUUUUUUCUUCUUUUUUUGUUUUUAGGCCUGGGAGCCUAGUUGCAAAUUGUACCCAGAAGGAUCGUCAGACCAAUUUUGAAUGGGGGUUGGGGGGGGGGGCAUUGAAACUUACCCAGAUUGAUAGCAAGAUAUUUGAUGGAGGAGAAUGCCCAGAAAGAAAUCUGAGUAACAAUAUAGUUUGUCUGUCAAUUGUCAAAGUAGCAAUUUGACUGCGAAGUGAAGGUUUUGAAAAUAUCUUGGAUGGAAUGUAUUUCUUAAAAGAAAAGUAAGAGUUUCUUUCAAGAUAUCUCUUAUGGGUAGCAGGGAGUAGGGUGCAAAUUUCUAAUUGCAAUAUGUCAUGAAAUAAUAGAUAUUUGAAAUAAGUUUGAAUUUUUUUUUUUUUUUUUUAUCUACUCGCGGCUAAGUUGAUAAGAUUUAAAGCAAGUCGCCACCAGUGUGUGCUUUAUGGGAGGUGUAUUCAUGUACUUAAAAAGUAUAAUUUAUGCGUUUGUUAACAAUAAUUGAAGACACAGUUAUUUUCAAUUACUUAGAAUUUUAGUACAGGCUUAACAGUAAAAUAAAGCCAUCCCGAAAGGAAUCUUAUAUACAUCUUAAGAUUUAAAAUAUUCUUUUGAAAUUGUUUUUUUUUUAAUUUAAAUAUUGGGAAAAACAAAAUUUGACCAAAGAAAUUUUAUAACAUUUGUAAUCUUUCAGUAAACUUUGGAUUUUUGUGUUUUUAUUACUGUGGUUUGUAUAAAUUUCCAUAAUUAUUGCAUUCAGUUAUUGUGCAAUAUUACUGUGAAUUAUCAGUAUUAAAUCAAAGGACCUUG